AAAAGCUCAUCUCAAUAUCAGAGGUGUAGUUAAUUACGAAGCUUUUCCAGAAAGAUUUCGAUACUAAUAGCAGGACAUACGCUACGAUGAAUAGCAUCCUUCUUCUGACGUUAUGCUGUGUCGGAAUGGUGGUAGCACAAGAGGGACUUUUUAGAGCUAUGGCAAUGAAACGAUUAUUUGACCAGCCCAGCCAGCCAGGAAUGUCACAAAACGCCAUAGCGCCAAAAGGAAUGGGUGCUACUAGUCCCGUUGCGCCUGGGAAUCAAAUGUUUGGCGGGAUGGGGACAGGCAGACAAAACCGUCGAUUUUUCCGCAACCCCAUGAACUGGUAUAUGAUGGAUCAAGUGGUUGACAUGCCUGAUGGAAUGAUGUGGCCGUUCUUAAUGGGAGCAUUCAAUUAGGAAAAUGUGAAACACAGAGAAUUUUUUAACAAACCAAAAUGUGAGCAGUGACACUUGAGGACACUAUACAAUAAUCAUGUUCAUUGUACUUUUCAAUUAUUUAUAUUACAUUCAAUUUUGAAAUCAUUUGAAUUAAAUUAUGUUUAAGUAAUA